AGAACCAAUUAAUAACCACUUAAAAUGGGUCAAGAAGAUCAAGAUUUGCUUAUCGAUGAAACGACACGAAAGCGUACCGCAGCAUCUGUCGAAAAUCUCAACAAUCCCCAACGAACCUUGGAACAGUCGGCCAUAAAUUCUGGAUUUAAUAAAAGCUAUGGAUCGUUGGCCUCAAAUGAAUCCGUGUCGGAAAAACUCACAUACUCCUGGUAUAAUUUGGAUGUAUUUGGAGAAGUCCACCAGCCGGGAUCGAAUUGGAAGCAAUUGAUGAAUCGUGUGAGAGGAGUUUUCUGUAAUGAGAGGCACAUACCCAAGCCGAGGAAGCAUUUAAUUAAAAAUGUGUGUGGCAUUGCAUAUCCGGGAGAAUUAUUAGCAGUUAUGGGCAGCUCCGGUGCCGGUAAAACAACCCUCCUCAAUGCAUUGGCCUUUCGGUCGGCUCGUGGUGUUACCAUUUCCCCAUCCAGUAUGCGUAUGCUGAAUGGCUCACCUGUUGAUGCUAAGGAAAUGCAGGCACGGUGUGCCUAUGUCCAGCAGGAUGAUUUAUUUAUUGGUUCGUUGACGACACGAGAACACCUGAUUUUCCAGGCAACCGUUCGUAUGCCCCGCACAAUGAGUCAAAAACAAAAAAUCCAAAGAGUCGAUCAAGUUAUACAGGAUUUGUCAUUGGGUAAAUGUCAAAAUACGAUUAUUGGUGUACCCGGUCGUGUUAAGGGUCUGUCAGGUGGUGAACGUAAACGUUUGGCCUUUGCGUCAGAAGCUCUCACCGAUCCACCAUUGUUGAUAUGCGAUGAACCCACGUCGGGUUUGGACUCCUUUAUGGCACACAGUGUGGUACAGGUUUUGAAGAAGUUGUCGCAGCGAGGUAAAACUGUUAUACUUACCAUACAUCAGCCGUCAUCGGAAUUAUUUGAAUUGUUUGAUAAAAUUUUGUUAAUGGCUGAGGGUAGGGUGGCAUUUUUGGGUACUCCAAAUGAGGCAGUCGAUUUCUUUUCAUUUAUUGGCGCCCAAUGUCCCAACAAUUACAAUCCAGCUGAUUUCUAUGUUCAAGUUUUGGCCGUAGUACCGGGUCGUGAGGUGGAGUCUCGAGAUCGUAUUUCAAAGAUUUGUGACAAUUUUGCUGUGGGAAAAGUUGCCCGGGAAAUGGAACAAAGUGUCCAGAAGAUAGCUGCCAAAUCUGAUGCUAUUACCAAAGAUGAGGAAAAUGGUUUCACUUACAAGGCUUCCUGGUUUACUCAAUUCCGUGCAAUUAUCUGGCGUUCAUGGAUAUCAACAUUGAAGGAACCUUUGCUGGUUAAAGUGCGACUGAUACAAACAACGAUGGUUGCCAUUUUGAUUGGUCUAAUAUUUUUAAAUCAGCCACUGACCCAAGUUGGCGUCAUGAAUAUCAACGGCGCUAUUUUCUUGUUUCUCACCAACAUGACCUUCCAAAAUGUGUUUGCCGUGAUCAAUGUCUUUACUUCUGAACUGCCGGUAUUUAUGCGUGAAACUCGAAGUCGUCUGUAUCGCUGUGACACCUAUUUUCUGGGGAAAACCAUUGCCGAACUGCCGUUGUUUUUAGUUGUACCAUUUGUCUUUACUGCCAUCGCCUAUCCGAUGAUUGGUUUACGUCCUGGCCUCAUACACUUCUUUGUUGCCAUGGCCCUGGUUACCCUGGUGGCUAAUGUCUCCACAUCAUUUGGCUACCUCAUAUCCUGUGCCUCCUCCUCAACAUCAAUGGCUUUAUCUGUCGGCCCACCGGUGACCAUACCAUUCCUGCUAUUUGGUGGUUUCUUCUUAAAUUCCGGUUCGGUGCCCGUCUACUUUAAAUGGUUAUCGUAUUUCUCUUGGUUCCGCUAUGCCAACGAAGGUUUACUCAUCAAUCAAUGGGCCGAUGUACAACCGGGUGAAAUUACUUGCACCUCCACGAACACCACCUGUCCCAGUUCGGGCAAAGUUAUUUUGGAGACGUUGAACUUUUCGGAGAAUAAUUUACCAUUCGAUUAUUUGGGACUAAUUGCUCUGAUAUUGAUUUUCAGAAUUUCAGCAUAUCUUGCAUUGAGAUGGCGUGCCAGUCGUAAAGAAUGA